GUAGCUCUUGUCAGCACAAGUACUUAGCUUCCUCAGUGUUCAUUACUCACAUCAAAAGAGGAAAAAAGAAAAAGAAAACACACAUAAAAAAAUUAGAGAAGAAAAUUUCUCUUGAAGAAUGGUUUGAUUCUUCAUUUACUCUGCAUUUAAAAGUGGCAUUAUAACACUUUCUAUACUUCCUUAACUAAACACAAACAGAGAGAAAAAAAAAAGGAGGGAGUAGUCUACAGUUAAAGAGAAGAAGCUGGUUGUGCCAUUUUUACACCAUGACACUUAAAGAUUGGAUCUUUCUGAGCUUUUUGGUCAUGAAAUGUUUUGUGGUGAUAAAAGUAGAGGGCAUGGUGCAAGAGAAGCAGGAUGCAACUAUUCCAGUUACAACACUUUCACCUCCUGAAGGCAACACAACAUUCCUUGGUGGCACAACAUGGUGUGUGGCCCGGCCCGGGGCUCCACAGAUUGAUUUGCAGAAUGCGUUGGACUGGGCUUGUGGAUUGGGAAUGGCAGAUUGCAGGCCCAUCCAAGCUGGUGGCCCGUGCUUUGAGCCCGAUACGCUUUUAUCCCAUGCUUCAUUUGCUUUCAAUUUCUACUACCAACAGAAUGGUAAUUCUGAUAUUGCUUGCAAUUUUGGAGGAACUGCUAUGUUGAUUAAAAACAACCCAACUCAUGAAAAAUGUAUCUAUGCUACAUCCGGUCCAAGGUCGAUUGAGGACAUGAAGGCUGCAGCACCUCCAUUUACCAAAGAAAGCUUAAGCAUAAUGUGGUGGAAAAUAGCUAUAAUUCUUCUUCUCUUGUACUUGGGAAGCUGAGAUGUAUUUUUGCUAUAAGCUAAAAAAUGGACUACUUUUUGUCUGGAAAAAAAGUAGAGGGGGCAUAAUCAAGAAGAGAUACUCUAAUUAAUUAAGAUAUGUAUAGCUCUCUGGGACAUUCUUAGAGUGGUUUAAUUUCUCAAGUAUAUUCCUUCCUCUCUUGUUGUAUUAAGCAUCUCAGCAAUUGAGAAGAAAUCUUUUUGUUCUUUAAAAAGAAAAACGGAAUAUUCAAUGCUGAUUUUGUAGAACUGUUAAUUACUCCUUUAAUAUUAAGUGAUGGU